CGCUGGGAGCGGCCGGGAUUUACCGUGGUGGCGGUGGGCGCUGAGCGGCGGGGGAGCCGGGCGUCCCCGGGGCCGCCGCCUCUCGGGCUGAGCCCCCCCGCCCGGACCAUGGCCGACGACGACGUGCUGUUCGAGGACGUGUACGAGCUCUGCGAGGUGAUCGGCAAGGGUCCCUUCAGCGUCGUGCGGCGAUGCAUCAACAGGGAGACGGGGCAGCAGUUCGCCGUCAAGAUCGUCGAUGUAGCAAAAUUCACUUCAAGUCCUGGAUUAAGCACAGAAGAUCUGAAGAGAGAAGCCAGUAUUUGUCACAUGCUGAAGCAUCCUCACAUUGUUGAACUGUUGGAGACAUACAGCUCAGAUGGAAUGCUUUAUAUGGUCUUUGAGUUUAUGGAUGGAGCAGACCUGUGUUUUGAAAUUGUGAAGAGAGCAGAUGCUGGAUUUGUCUACAGUGAAGCCGUAGCCAGUCAUUACAUGAGACAGAUACUGGAAGCUCUACGUUACUGUCAUGAUAAUAAUAUAAUUCACAGAGAUGUGAAGCCACACUGUGUACUGCUUGCCUCAAAAGAGAAUUCAGCCCCAGUAAAGCUUGGUGGCUUUGGGGUAGCAAUUCAGUUAGGAGAGUCUGGGCUAGUUGCUGGAGGACGUGUAGGAACACCUCACUUUAUGGCUCCAGAAGUGGUAAAAAGAGAACCAUAUGGGAAGCCUGUAGAUGUUUGGGGUUGUGGUGUGAUCCUGUUUAUCCUGCUAAGUGGUUGUUUGCCUUUUUAUGGAACCAAGGAAAGAUUAUUUGAAGGCAUUAUUAAAGGCAAAUACAAGAUGAAUCCUAGGCAAUGGAGCCAUAUUUCUGAAAGUGCCAAAGAUCUGGUGCGCCGCAUGCUUAUGCUGGAUCCAGCAGAGAGGAUAACAGUGUAUGAAGCACUGAAUCACCCCUGGUUAAAGGAGAGAGAUCGCUAUGCAUACAAGAUUCAUCUUCCAGAAACAGUAGAACAGUUGAGAAAAUUCAAUGCAAGACGAAAACUAAAGGGGGCAGUACUAGCAGCUGUGUCAAGCCACAAAUUCAACUCCUUCUAUGGUGACCCUCCUGAAGAGCUGCCAGACUUCUCUGAAGAUCCCACCUCCUCAGGACUUCUAGCAGCAGAAAGAGCAGUCUCACAGGUGCUGGACAGCCUGGAAGAAAUUCAUGCACUUACAGACUGCAGUGAAAAAGACUUAGAUUUUCUUCACAGUGUUUUCCAGGAUCAGCAUCUUCACACGUUACUAGAUCUUUAUGACAAAAUAAACACAAAAUCUUCACCACAAAUCAGGAAUCCUCCAAGUGAUGCUGUACAGAGAGCCAAAGAGGUAUUGGAAGAAAUUUCAUGUUACCCAGAGAACAAUGAUGCAAAGGAGCUAAAGCGUAUUUUAACACAACCUCAUUUCAUGGCCUUACUUCAAACCCAUGAUGUAGUGGCACAUGAAGUUUACAGUGACGAAGCGCUGCGGGUGACGCCUCCUCCCACCUCGCCCUACCUGAACGGGGACUCCCCCGAGAGCGCCAACGGCGACAUGGACAUGGAGAACGUCACGCGCGUCCGCCUGGUGCAGUUCCAGAAGAACACAGACGAGCCCAUGGGAAUCACUUUAAAAAUGAAUGAGCUGAACCACUGCAUCGUGGCAAGAAUUAUGCACGGAGGAAUGAUUCACCGGCAAGGUACGCUACAUGUAGGAGAUGAAAUCAGAGAAAUAAAUGGAAUCAGUGUGGCAAAUCAAACUGUAGAGCAACUGCAAAAAAUGCUUAGGGAAAUGCGUGGAAGUAUUACCUUCAAGAUUGUGCCAAGUUAUCGCACGCAGUCUUCAUCCUGUGAGAGAGAUUCCCCCUCUACAUCCAGACAGUCCCCUGCUAAUGGUCAUAGCAGCACUAACAAUUCUGUUUCGGACUUGCCAUCGACAACACAACCAAAAGGACGACAGAUCUAUGUAAGAGCACAAUUUGAAUAUGAUCCAGCAAAGGAUGACCUCAUUCCUUGCAAAGAAGCUGGCAUCAGAUUCCGAGUUGGUGAUAUUAUCCAAAUCAUUAGCAAAGAUGAUCAUAACUGGUGGCAGGGUAAACUUGAGAACUCCAAAAAUGGUACUGCAGGUCUUAUUCCUUCUCCUGAACUUCAGGAAUGGCGAGUUGCUUGUAUUGCCAUGGAGAAGACCAAACAGGAGCAGCAGGCCAGCUGUACUUGGUUUGGAAAGAAAAAAAAGCAGUACAAAGACAAAUAUUUGGCAAAGCACAAUGCAGUGUUUGAUCAAUUAGAUCUCGUCACAUAUGAAGAAGUAGUAAAGCUGCCAGCAUUCAAAAGGAAAACACUAGUCCUACUAGGUGCCCACGGUGUGGGAAGAAGACACAUAAAAAAUACGCUCAUCACAAAACACCCGGACAGAUUUGCUUACCCCAUUCCUCACACAACCAGACCUCCAAAGAAAGAUGAAGAAAAUGGCAAAAAUUACUACUUUGUAUCACAUGACCAAAUGAUGCAGGAUAUAUCAAACAAUGAAUAUUUGGAAUAUGGCAGCCAUGAGGAUGCAAUGUAUGGGACAAAACUGGAAACAAUACGAAAGAUCCAUGAGCAGGGACUAAUUGCAAUACUUGAUGUAGAACCUCAGGCAUUGAAGGUCCUGAGAACUGCAGAGUUUGCUCCUUUUGUUGUUUUUAUUGCUGCACCUACGAUUACCCCAGGCAUUAAUGAGGAUGAAUCCCUUCAGCGCCUGCAGAAGGAGUCUGAGAUCUUACAGAGAACAUAUGCACACUACUUUGACCUAACAAUUAUCAACAAUGAGAUUGAUGAAACCAUCAGGCACCUGGAGGAAGCCAUUGAGCUCGUGUGUACAGCCUCCCAGUGGGUCCCGGUCUCCUGGGUCUACUAGACCAGGAAUGAGAGAAUCGAGAAAAGAAAAAAUCUGUCAUUACUGGGAACCACCUCAUACAUGGAAAACCUCUUCGUUAUUGACCUUGUGUCAACAGGUCUUGGCCCCUAGAGACUACCUAGAUGUAGUGUGACCUAAAAUAUAAUUAUUGUCAUGUCCGAAUAGAUAGGAGGAGGGGGAAAAAAAGAUGAAACACUAAUUUAAAGAGACAGUAUCUUUUUUUUUAAUCAUUUCUCCUAAACUUUAAUAAAAUGUAUCUUUAAAUGUAUGUACUAUUCAGUCUUUUGGAAUGUUAUAUUUUUGGAAAUCAUAGCUUUUUAUUUCAAGGGCCCCUAAAAACUGCACAAAAUAGAUGCUGCUUUCUAUAAUCUAUUUUAAUAGUAAUAAUAAUAUGAUUCUGUUACCUUAACUUGGGGGUGGAACACUACAUUCUUUUUAGAGUCUGAUUUUAUGGAUUGGAAUACUUUGCUUUCCUUUAUUUAUUUGAAGUAAUUAGUCUAGUGAUUACAAAACAAAUUCAUAAAUUUUAAAGGCCUUUUUUUUUUCAUGCUUUUUUUUUUUCUCUCCUAGGAUAGUAUUUUUAAGUACUUUUUUGUGUAACAUCCAGCUAAUGUGAUACUGUCUCUUUGAAGAACUCUGUAAAAGUUUUAGAAAUUUGAAAUUGGGUCUUGACUCUUAAUGCAUGUGGACAGUCGCAAGCGUUCAUGCCGUUGGUGUAUCUGUGUUGAUAAAACCUGUAAUCUACAGCAAAGUACAUUCCGUUCAUGGGAACACGUACCCAAGGGAAUAAAGCAAAAUAUUAUUCUGACUAAGUUGUAAACCUAUGCACAUCCCUUGCAUUUUGGGCAACUUUCUAAAAAAAAAAAAAAAAAAAAGAAAAACUGAUUUUUAUUAAUAAUAAUCAUGUAGUGAAAUGUGUUUGUAAUUUUGUCUCAAUUUAAUUUGUUGUAAGGUGGGAGGGGGCAAUUACUGGUUUCACCAUUUCAGAUCUGUGUUGUCUGAGAGUAUUAACGUUUUAAUUAAGUUGAAGCAAAGAAAUGCUGAUUUUUAAUAUGUAUGUAAUUGUUUAAAGAUGCACACAUUUUAAAAGAAAAUACUGUGCAAUGAAGAAACCAGUUUAGACAUUGCGAUAAACUGACUAUUCCAAAAGACUCAUCUACAAUAGCCCUGUAAAUUCCUUUAAAAAUGGUAAUUGACUCUACAGUCUGACCAAUUUUUUUUUAUUUUAAAUAUACUUCCUUUUAUGUGUUCAACAAUUAAAUGCUUUUGGGUCCUUCAUUUCAUCACAGGGAGUUUCAAGAGCAAAUCAGUGACUCGUGCAGUGAGGAAAAGUGUCUUCAAGGGAAGCCUUUCUAGGGACACAGCCAUCAGUCUGUCCCAG